AUGUCUCUAUAAGUCUUUUCUUUUGUAGAAAUGCAGCAAAUUCAAAAACUUAGACCAAACAGCAAAGGACCUUCGAUGGAAUUUUAAAAUUAAGCUAGAAGAUAAGAAUGGGAUAACAGAUAUACUAACGAAAAUUAUAACAUAAGUACUGGUGGGAUUGGACAAAACACUCAUAUUCGAUAGAAUUCAAAAAUUUCAAGCAAAAAUUCGGUUGCCUUGGAGCCAGGUGGUAUCAGAGCUAAAAAAGGCUCAGUUAUCAGAAAUAAUAUACCAAAAUAGUAGCAUUUAAUUCCUGAAUCAGUUAGAUCAAAUGAAUCUAUGCAGCAUCCUCAAAUGUUUGUCAACGAUCAAUCAAAUAAUGUCUCAUAGUUUCCUUAGUAGUAUCAAGUUUCUGCUUCUCACAUUCCUAGAAUAAGAAAAGGUUUCCAAAUUUAGAACAUCAACAAGAAAAGCAUCAAUGUUGGUGGAGGUGUUGCAGCUGGUUCUAAUGGAGGCCAAUAGAAAAGAGCAGUUUCAAGGAAGGUCAAUUAAAGACCUGGUAGCUUGGGCAUGAAUUCUGGUGGACCCGGAGCAUAUUAGUAAAAUGCUAUAUCAGGUGACGUAAUAAACUACCUAAAAGAAGAGCUAUUAUAAACAUGGGAUUCGUAUAUCAUUCCUGACUAUCAUAGAACAGUAUUUCUAGAUUCUAUCUAUGGACUCACCUCAAAUCAGUAUCUUCCUAUUAUUGCCAAAGAAAUUUAAGAUCUAUAACAAGAGUAGGCUCCAAUUCAAAAUACUAUUAGAGCUAUUAUUGGUAGAGAGAGCUGUCUUCAAUAGAUUAAAGAGCUUGAUAAAGUCUUAGAAGAGGCUGAGAGAUUGUAGACUCCUAACUAAGCCUUGAUGGAUGAAUGUGUAAAAAUUCUGCAUUCUUUGAGAAUGCUGACAUCUUCUCACAACUAAAACAGUAUGCAUUAAGAAAGAAAUAGUGUUAAUAAGUUCAAAAGCAUUCCUUUUAUAUGGGAAGGAGAGAACUAUCUAUUAAAGAUGAAAAAUGAUGCUUAAUUUUUAAUAACAAGUGAGUAUGGGAAGCACUUCAAUUUUUCAACAAAGAGUGAUCCUUUCUUAGUAUUUCCUUCGUAAAAACAUAACGUCAAUGCAGUAGGAGGUGGAGCGUAGGGUUUAAAGAGUCUCAAAAAAUAAAACUCCUCUGGAAAUUAAGGCCAAGCUCCAGCAAGCGUUAACAUGAAAAAAGACAAAAAUGGAUUGCCUGUUAAUAAACUAAUUGUGCCCUUAGCUAAUUCAAUGAUGAAAUGGAUUAGAUAAAGUGAAGUCUAUUUAAUGGAAGAAGCAGUUACAGAUUAAAUUUUAAAAUCUUCAUCUCAGUCCAAUAACGUUUAUCAGUAUAACGAUAAGCAACAGCAAAACUAUUAGGAAGAGUAGCAAUACAUUGCAUCUGCAGGUAUAAACUUUAGUGAAUUUGAAAAGGAAAAUGCAUCAGAUAUCCUAAAUAUGAUUUAAUAGCCUCAAAGAAAUGAGAUUAAGGCUUAGAUAUCUCAGUAGAGAUAUAACCAAGAUAGGCAAGUCAAGCCAGACAUAAUUGACAUAAAAACUUAUCAUAAUGACAUGGAUCAUCAUUAGCCAAGUUAAUACACAGUGAACCAAAAGAGCUAAAAUAUUUUACAGUAUCAUGAAGAUUAAGAAUAGAUUACUCCUAUUUCACAGCAAAUAGAUUUUUUCUAGAGUCCCCAUGCUCAUGGGAUAUCAUCCCAAUAACCAACAGCAUAAGCAGUACAAGAGAAUACUAUAUCACUUGAAUAGAGGGAUAUAGCUUAAUAAAGUUUAGAGUAUGAAGAAACAAUAGAAGAAGGACCGUUAGCAAUAUUUGGCUUAAACAUUCAUGAAGAUGAUCUUAAUGAUGAGAUUAGUAAAUACUAUGAUAGCUUAGAUAAGAGUAUCAAAAACUCCUUUGCUCCAAUAAAUUUAUUGAUAGAUUCUAUGAUGUCUGGAUAUGAUCCUCACUAUUUAGUUUUAAAAUCAUCUGAGAAGUCUUAAACGAUCAGUGGUCUUUUAGCUUUCAAUGUUGAUAAUAUGCUUCAAAAAUAAACUUAGAAAUAGCUAAAGGUUAAUCUGUACCAUAUCUCUUCUGUAGAUAAAGAUAAAUUUGAAGAAUCUAUUGACUUGGCUAUUGAUUAUAUAUGGAAAAAUAUGCAUUGUGCAGUUAUAAGAAUUAGUAUCUAUCAUUAUGAGCAUGAAAAUGGGGUUUUAUAGGGUCUAUAAAAGGAAGAUUUAAUGAAAGAACCUUUCUAAUUCAGGAUUUAAUCUCUGAUUGGAAUCAAUGAAAACUUACAAUAAUCUGGAAAGUUGACUCAUGGUAAAGAUGUUCAGAGCAUCUGUGGAGUCUUAAAUAAUCUUAUUCAAUACAAAACUGCAAUUUAUGCUAAUAAGACUGAUAAAAUGGCUAAAAUUGAAUAAUUAAUCAAUACAAAUAUAGUUUAGGAUGCUAGAGCUGCUCUCGAAAAAGCUGAGAAUUUAAGAAAUGGAUUUGUACUGCCAGAGACAAACUUCUUAGUAGCUGAAAACCUAAACGCUAUUCAUUAAAGUAACAUUUUAAGAGUAACUGAUUCUGGGUAAACUUUUUCUAAGGUAGUUGGAUCUCAGUGUACAGUUGAAGCUAGAUUUGGCUCGAUUGAUCCCUGCUAUCUUGAAGUGAAUGAUAGGAAUUAUAAAUAUAUGAGAAUCAAGAGAAAUCCAAUGACAUUUGCUUAAAGUUCAGAUUUUGAGCAUAUCAUUAUCAUAAGUAAUACCGAGGAAAACAUUAACAUGGUCAUUUUGAUCGAGAACCAUGAUGCAGACAUUAACCAUGACAAUAUGCAUUAGAAAAUCAAGAACUCAUUAAACAACAUACAAGCAAAAGAUGAUGACUUGCAAAAGAUUAAAAAUAUAUGGAUUCCUUAAUUCAAAAUAACUCAAAUUGCUCCCUAGAGAAAUCAAAAUUUCGAGGGUCUUGUAGUUUGUGAUGAUGGAAAUGGAAAGCAGUAUAUUAAUGAAUGCUAUGAAUAAUUUAACCUAGAGCUUUAUGCUCCUCCAAUUAGUGCAGGAACCCCCGAUAUCGAAAUAAGAAACUAAGAGAAAUUAGAAGAGGCUUUCAUAAUAGAUAGACCUUUCUAUGUGGCAGUAACGCAUGGAGCAUUAGAAGAAACUAUUGAAUCUCCUCUAUUAGUUGGCUUUAUUGAUUUUAAGUAUUGGAAGCUACUGUGA